UUCCCGUGCGCAAAAGCGUCCAGAGCGCGCAGAGCUCGUGCCCAUAAUGAAACGCAUAAACUUUACCUCGUUAAGUUAACUCUGUUUUUGAAAGCAACACAACAAUUUAUGUUCGCUGUACAUUUGGAAGUCUUGUUUUGGUUUUAAGAAGUUUUUUGGUGAUGGCUGCAGUCAGUGUAAGUUUUCUUCACGCCUGCUGUACCCUGCUGAUAUGUGGUCAUUGUGCUUUGGCUUUCUCGGUCGCUGGACAACAGGACUCGACCUGUGAGGCGAACGGCAGCGUGUAUUAUGUAGGGGAAUGGUACUUUUUAGACUCGGACCCUUGCACUCAAUGUGAAUGUACAGCAGAGGGGUCUGCCUGCGCGAGGACAGAGUGCACAUCUCUACCGGCCGCCUGCAUCCAUGUCAGCCAUUACCCGACAGACUGCUGCCCGAGGUGCGAGAAGAUCGGCUGUGAGUACCGCGGGGAGGUCUACGAAUUGGGCCAGCAGUUUCAGCCGUCAGAGUGUGAGCAGUGCACCUGUGACAGCGACGGUAUCGCCCGUUGUUUGGUAGCAGACUGUGCCCCUCCUCCAUGUGUUAACCCGGUUUAUCAGAAAGGGAAAUGCUGUCCAGAGUGCAAGGAUGGGCCCAACUGCUACGCUGAUGCCUCUCGGUCCCAGGUGAUCCCAGGAGGUGAGGCGGUGUGGGUUGACUCCUGUACCAAAUGUCGAUGUCACGAUGGGCAGGAUGCGGGUUACUGGGAGGGCAAUCGGCUGGCGACGUGUUCCCGUGUCCGAAACUGCCAGUCUAAGGAGGGGCUAAACUGAGGGAGGAGGUCAAAUGGACAAACAUUCGGAAAAUUCCUCAUCCCUGUUUAUCAAAGAUUGCACAGGAUAUCAUAAUGAACAGAGACUAGCCUACAAGUUUAGGACUUUAUACCAUUAACAGCAUUUAUCUCAUGUUAACUAACCAAUUAACAUUCCACUAAUUAUACAAUUAAGUAUAAUAUUGUUUUGACUUACUAUGGGAUAUUCCCAAAUGACACCUAUAAUAAUAUAGUUUAGGUUUGAGACACCUUUUUGGCAUGGUUAAAAAUAGCACAGUGAACAUAUUUCCUUUUAGUGACUAUUUCUAAAGCUGUGUUUGAACAUGUUCACAUUGUGUAAUGUGUUUUGCAUGCUUACUAUGCUUUACUACUGCAGAUCUUAGGAUCAUCUGCUAAUCUUUCUUAUUGUUGAUGUUUUCUAUGAUUUGAAGUACCGCGUACAUUUAGAUUAUUUUCUAAAAGCCUGGAAACCAAAGUAUGUUGACACUGUAUGAUUUACAUUACUGCCAUGCAGGCAUGGGAACAGCUAAUGUAGCAAUUCAUAAACAAACCGAUCGUGAAUGGAUGGUGUGUAAAUAAAGCAGGCCCAUUUUUGCUUCAUUCCUGUAUUGACUGGUGCCAUAUUUUUACUUUUUUUUUAAGGAAUGUAUUUGUUGCAAUGACACAGAAUGUACACAGUAUAAAUAAACCACAAACAACA